AUGCAAAUGGAUCAGAUGACGGUGCAGCUGAUACAGGUCCUAGAGAAGACCGUAUCACAAGAUAAAAAUGAGCUGGAAGCAGCGCAACAUUUUUUGGAGCAAGCUGCUGCUACAAAUAUUCAUGAGUUUGUACAAAGACUCAGUGGAGUCCUGGGUACUCCGGCUGCCAGCCCGGUAGCACGUAUGGCUGCUGGUCUUCAAUUAAAGAACCAGCUUACAUCCAAAGAUCCAACCCUAAAAUCACAAUAUCAACAAAGAUGGCUCACUAUUCCUGCUGAGACACGGGAAUUUAUCAAAAAAAAUAUUGUAGGAGCAUUGGGAACUGAAAAUAAUCGACCAAGUUCAGCAGCACAAUGUGUAGCUUAUGUAGCAGUUGCAGAAUUACCCGUUGGUCAGUGGACCGAUUUGAUUGCGCUGUUGGUGAACAAUAUUGCCGAUCAAAAUGGUACCGAGAUGAUGAAAGAAGCAACACUGGAAGCUAUCGGUUAUAUAUGUCAAGAAAUUGAUAGUGAGGUUUUGGUAUCUCAGUCAAAUCAGAUUCUUACGGCCAUUAUUCACGGUAUGAGAGGCUCUAGUACCUCAAAUAAUAUAACACUUGAAGCUAUGAAGUCAGACUCUGACGAGGUGGCACUCCAGGGAAUUGAAUUCUGGUCAAACGUUGCUGAGGAAGAGGUUGAUUUAUCAAUGGAAGAGGGUGAAGCGUCGGAAGGAGGUAGACCACCAUCAAAAGUAUCCCGGCACUACGCUAAAGGUGCUCUGAUGUUUUUGGUCCCGGUAUUGAUCCAAAAGCUCACAAAGCAAGAAGAAUUUGACGACGAAGACGAUUGGAAUCCAUCAAAAUCUGCUGGUGUUUGUCUAAUGCUUUUAGCUUCUUGCUGUGAAGAAAAUAUAGUACCUCACGUUCUUCCGUUCGUUACUGAAAAUAUUAAAAAUCCAGAUUGGAGAUUUAGGGACGCCGCAUUGAUGGCAUUUGGUUCGAUUCUUGGUGGAUUAGAGCCAUCAACAUUGAAGCCACUUGUUGAACAAGCAAUGCCAACUCUUAUUGAAUUAAUGUACGAUGUCAGCGUUGUAGUGAGAGAUACAGCUGCCUGGACAUUCGGUAGAAUUUGUGAAAUAAUUCCUGAAGCGGCUAUCAAUGAAACUUAUUUGAAGCCGUUGUUGGAGUCACUUGCUAAUGGUCUACAUGCUGAACCGCGAGUUGCUGCGAAUGUUUGUUGGGCGUUCACUGGUUUGGCUGAAGCUAGUUACGAAGCAGCUGAAAUUGAAAGUGGACAGCAGCCUGAAACCUAUUGUAUGUCUGCAUUCUUUGAUUACAUUGUACAGAAACUUUUAGAAACAACAGAUCGUCCAGACGGUUCGCAGGCGAACUUACGAUCUGCUGCAUACGAAGCUCUAAUGGAAAUGGUCAAGAAUUCACCUAGAGAUUGCUAUGUAACUGUUCAAAAAACAACAAUGGUUAUUUUGGAGCGAUUACAGCAAGUAUUACAAAUGGAGAUACAUAUUCAGAAUCAUUCAGACCGCGCUCAGUAUCAUGAUCUCCAGUCGCUUCUCUGUGCUACUCUGCAAUCUGUAUUAAGAAGAGUAACACCAGAAGAUGCGCCACGAAUUUCCGACGCCAUCAUGACUGCACUUUUAUCGAUGUUCAGCUCGAACUCCGGUAAAGUUGGUGGAGUCCAAGAAGAUGCAUUGAUGGCUGUGUCGACCUUAGUUGAGCAACUUGGUGAAGGUUUCUUGAAAUAUAUGGACGCAUUCAAACCGUUCCUCUGUAUGGGCUUGAAGAAUCACGCCGAGUAUCAAGUAUGCGGUGCUGCUGUUGGACUUACCGGUGACAUUUGUCGCGCUCUUAAGAGCAAAGUAUUACCUUACUGCGAUGAUAUUAUUACAUUGUUGCUAGAAAAUCUCAGGAAUAACACAGUCCAUCGCUCAGUUAAACCACAAAUUCUUUCAGUCUUUGGAGAUAUUGCUUUGAGUAUCGGCCCGGAAUUUAAAAAAUACUUGGAAGUUGUUUUGCAAACACUGGUUGAAGCCUCUCAAACAGAUGUCGAUCGUAACGAUUACGACAUGAUUGAUUACCUCAAUGAGUUACGUGUUGGUGUUCUUGAAGCUUACACCGGAAUCAUUCAAGGUUUCCGUGGUGAUGCUGAUGCUAAUCCAGACACUCCGAAUCCUGAUGUUCUUCUCAUAGAACCUCAGGUACCUUUUAUCAUUCAAUUUAUCACGACAAUUGCUCAAGAUCGUGAACACUUGGAUGAAAGUAUGUCGUCAGCAAUUGGUUUGCUCGGUGAUCUUGUAACUGUAUUUGGCGCAAAACUUCUACCCCUGGUUGAAACUGAACCACUUACUGAGCUGCUUAUUAAAGGUAGACGAGCACGUAAUAGUAAAGCACGGGCUCUUGCUAUUUGGGUCACUAAAGAGAUUCGCAAGCGCAAAAAUGCUGUUAAUUCUACUAUGUAUGGAUCUGAUGAUAAUCCAUCAUCUUCAACGGGUGCUGAAAAUAAGCCCAAAAAACCAAGUGAUGAUGAUGACGUCAAUGAGACUGUGUACAGCCAGUGUACGAGAUACGACGUCAAUUGGUCUGAUCCCAUCUUCGAUUUUAUGCAUAUCGACAGCAACGUGACCAACACUUCAUGGCCAAUUGUACCCUGUGAUCAUGGAUGGGAGUACGACAUGUCUGAAAUAGUAUCAUCUAUUGUCAUUGAUUUUGACUUGGUGUGUGAUAAAGACAUAUAUCCAACACUAGGACUAGUCGCUCUUAACACAGGAGGUCCUAUUGGAGUUUAUUUGUUUGGUACUUUAAAUGACAGAAUUGGAAGAAGACUAUCUUUCUUUUCAUGUCUGGCUACACUUAUUACUGGAGGUAUUCUUACAUCAAUAGCCAAUAGUUUUUGGACUUGGGCUGCUUGUCGAGUGGUUCUUGUUGGUCCAAAUUACCGAUCAUUUGUCACAGUAAUGACAUGUUCAUUUUACACAAUGGGGUUGUGUAUGUUAGCAGCUGUAACUUAUCUAGUCCCAGAAUGGAGAAUUUUAGCACUUAUCACAAGUACACCUUUCCUUGCUUAUUUUGGGUACUGGUGGUUUUUACCUGAAUCACCUCGAUGGCUGUUAGCCAAAGGACGAUUGAGUGAAGCAAGUGAAAUUCUCCAAACUUUGGCACAAGUAAACGGCAAAGAGUUGCCAGAAUCAUUUACCCAAAAGCUGAAACAACCAGAGAUACCCAGUUACCUUGCGUGUUGGGUUGCUAUGGAUCGAUGGGGUCGACGGUGGCCGUUGUGUCUUUGUAUGGUCACCGCUGGAAUGUCUUGUGUCGCAACAGUACUUUUACCUUCUGAUGCUGUAAUAACGACAUUAAUUUUAUUUUUACUGUCAAAGUCCGCAAUAUCAGCAUCUUUUUUAAUAAUCUAUCCAUUUGCCGGAGAAUUAUAUCCAACACAAUUACGUGGUGUUGCCAUAGGAUUUUCAGCGUACAUCAGUGGUUUGGGAUUAAUUAUAAUUCCAUUUAUAACAUACUUGGGUAGAGAAAAUUUGGUAUUACCUUUAGUAAUACUCGGAACAGUUUCUGUGAUCGGAGGAUUGUCGGGGCUAAGAUUACCAGAAACACUACAUCAUCGACUACCUCAAACAGUGGAGGAAGGAGAGCUUUUUGGAAAGGAUUGGAAAUGUGCUGACUGUCUUCGCUGUGUGCCCAUUAAACCUCCUUCAGCGACGACGUCGUAUGAAGAUCUCUCAGCCGGUGAGACAGUUGAGCUGCAAUCAGUACCACGUACAUCUGUGGUUGAAGUAGAUCAACAACAAGUACAACCAGUCAGAGGACCCGGUACAGCUACGCGUCGACUGAUGCGACAGUCUAGUGUAAUGGACACCCAGAGAGAUUCUGACGGUUCCAUUAAAAUGACAUACUGGUUUUAA